GAGAACUUGAUUAAAGAAGGGAAUUUAAGCCAUGCGGCUGUACAGAUGAUUGGAGACUUGAUGAAUGGGGGUGCUGGAUUCCACACGUCAUUUCUUCACUCUCUCAUGGAGUUUAAUAUCUUCUUUCAUGAAGACGGUUUUGAAGAGAUCACAGGGGGAUUCGACCAAUUGCCCCUGGCCUUCUACCGGUCUAUGCCUGGAGUUGUCCAGCUGAACUGCACAGUAGAGCAGAUAAAAUACAUUGGUAACAAGGUCCAAGUAUUGUACCGUAGUGCACAUGACACAUGUAGCCCUUCCUUCAUGACGGCUGACUAUGUCCUUGUCACAGCCACAGCAAAAGCCACGAGACUUAUCAAAUUUCUGCCACCGCUUUCCUCCAAUAAGACCCAUGCCCUGCGCUCCAUUCACUAUGACAGCGCCACUAAGGUUGCCUUGGCCUGCACUGAAAAGUUCUGGGAGAAGGAU